CAGUACUGACGCUUGCUUUUAUCCACUGGAUUCUCUUCAGCACUUGGACAGCUCCGCUUCCAAUCAUUCACCAUUUCCACAAUAAGUGCGACUAAAGCUUCAUUGCAGCUUCUUAAAAUAGCACCAGCAUCCCAAAGCCUCAAGCUAUCAAACUUUUCCCCAGGAGAUCAUCGUUACCACACUGAUGAGUGAAUUACCGGUGACUGCGGCAAACUGUAACAGGAGUAUAUGGUGCUGUCAAGAUCACGCAGAGAUGGAGACGACAAAGCUCCGCGUUUUGGACAAGACUUCUCGUGGAUUUACCUGUUUAUCACUUUAGUACUUAUCCCGAUGAUCUCACACCGGACUAUUGAAAACGCUACAUUUUAUCUUGUGAUGCAGCAACAUGUUUAAUAUGUAAAUUAGUUUACAUUGAAGAAAGACUUUUGUUCGUGGACUAAUGUGUACAAAUAGUAAACAUGCCAGCACACAGGAUGCCAGGAAACGUAUCUUUCCUAUCCAUAAGUCCCACACGCAUUUGGGAAAACACCUCUAACGUCUCCCGCCCUCAGUUUCCUCCAGACUGGGAAGCACCAACAUUCACCGUGGCUGCUCGCUUCCGCGUGGCGGCCACCAUGGUGCUCUUUGUCUUUGCAGCCAUCAGCAACCUCUCAGUACUGAUCAGCGUCGCCAGAGGACGAGGACGCCGCCUGGCCUCGCACCUGCGGCCUCUCAUUGCCAGCCUUGCUUCUGCUGACCUGGUCAUGACCUUUGUGGUCAUGCCACUCGAUGCUAUUUGGAAUAUCACGGUGCAGUGGUAUGCUGGUGAUAUCAUGUGCAAGCUCCUGUGCUUUCUGAAGCUCUUUGCCAUGCAUUCCUCUGCGUUUAUCCUGGUGGUGGUGAGUCUGGACAGGCAUCAUGCCAUACUGCACCCGCUGGAGGCUCUAGAUGCUGGUCGCAGGAACAAGAGAAUGCUGCUUGCUGCCUGGAUCCUCAGCGUACUGUUCGCUUCUCCACAGUUGUUCAUCUUCAGAGCAAUUAAAGCUGAAGGAGUCGACUUUGUGCAGUGUGUAACACAUGGAAGCUUUCAGGAGCGCUGGCAGGAAACAGUCUACAACAUGUUCCACUUUGUCACCCUGUAUGUGUUUCCCCUGCUUGUUAUGAGCUUCUGCUAUACUCGAAUACUUGUGGAAAUCAACCGCCAGAUGCCACGCGGUAAAGGAAAGGGUGGGGAACCAUGUCUGAGAUGCAGCGGAACCAAUAUUAUCCCAAAGGCUCGUAUGAAGACCCUAAAGAUGACCAUCAUUAUCGUGGCCUCUUUUGUGGUGUGCUGGACACCGUACUACCUGCUUGGCAUCUGGUACUGGUUCCAGCCUCGCAUGCUGAAGGUGAUGCCGGAAUACAUCCAUCAUGCCCUCUUUGUCUUCGGCAACCUCAACACGUGCUGUGACCCGGUCAUCUACGGUUUCUUCACUCCCUCAUUUCGAGCAGAUAUAGCCAGCUGUUUGUGCCGAAGGAAUCUGAACACCUCUCCUAAAUCACUGGAUAGACUCUCUGCAAGAAGAGGUGGGGCCAGUGGAGAAGCCGAGUCGGACCUUGGAAGUGCUGACCAGCAUAGUGGACAACAAGCAUAAAGGCUAAGAAACCUCAAUGAGUCAAGCCACCAUUUCAUACGCAGAUUUGAUUUUUGUGCCUGACUUGAAUUCUCUGAACUUAAAGAUACAUGAUGAGACUUUUAAUCUGUGUUUAGACCUCUAUACAUGAUGAUGAUGUCACUAUAUUUACAGUAGAAACUGUGCAAGUAUGAGAUUUGUUCAAUUGAAUCCAUUUGAAAUCAGACACAUUGAACAACACAAAGUCUCAGUCUGAGCAUAUAUAAACUGUAUCAGUCUGACAUUCUAGACCUAAGCCUGGAUUUCUUAUAGAGAAAUGUUAGAACAAAUAGCUGCAUGCUUCUGUUCAAAAGUUUAAUGUCACUUGACAAAAAUGUUUUUUUUUAUUACAUUGAAACUCUUAAUCUAAGUCCAAAGACUUAUGUCUGUAUAUGAUUUGCAUGUGUAUAACUUGUACUGAACAUGUGUACACUGUAAAAAAGCUGCACUGUUUUUGACUAGUAUAUAGUUGACAUAACAUAAACAAGUUGAAAAACGUAUGUUUAUAAUACAUUUUACAGUGUACUGAAUCUAAAUCUAAAUCUACGCAAUUUUCUGCUCGUAUGUUACCCAUUUCUGUCUUUUUGCAUGACAGUGUGAACAGCACAAACCAUAUGGAAUCUGAUCUUUUCGAUUCUGAUUUGAGACACUUCCAUAUGGUUUUAAACCAGAUACAGGUCAGAUGUUUUGCAGUGCGACAUCAGUCUGAACAGUCAUAUCAGAAUUCAUGUGACUUUUACGUUAUGCUAGAUUGAUAUGCGUCACAAUUGCGGAAAUAUGCAAUAGUAUCCAAUAGUAUAACGGCAUGUUUUCAGAACCACUUAAAAAAAACAACUUAAAAACAUUCAAGACAUAAAAUAUUAAGCUUCUGUUGCACAUUCCCUUAUACACAAAAGCCCCUUGUCCAGAUGACCAACCCACACGUAACCUGGGAGCAGACUGCCUCUGCUCGUAUGCUCUCGUAUUGCCCUGCAUGUUAAUUUCCAGCGGAGGCUUGCGGAUGUCCACCUAUUUAUUUUCUCUCAGUUUAUUUUGAACUUGAGUUUGAGUGUGUGCGUUGCCACUCCCCUGCUUCAUCAACUCAGCACGCCUGAAAAGUGAUUUUUACUAAAAGAGCAGCACGAGUCUAAUUUGUGUUUUUGUGGAGACAGCCAUUCUUUGGUGUCGCGGCAGAGUGCAUCUUUUUAAAGAUGUAAUUUCGUCAAUGUGGUUCUGGAUGUGGCAAGUACAUGGGUCCUAAGGAUGGUGUUCAUGGGGGGUUCAUGUAAUCAUUGCGAGAAAAUUAUCCUCGUGGAUUUUCGGAGACGGGUGUCGUACCUUUGGGAACAUCACCUCCCCCUUCCAUUGUCUAGCUCCGCCAGCAUCGGCAAGGCUUCGCAUUAUGGUCAGCUGGUGCAUCCUCUGACUCUCAGCACUGUGCCACAGUCCCGCAGCUCAUGUUCUACGACGCCUCUGCCCUCUGUCGGUACUCCUAACGAAGACUUGGUAUCUGUCACUGCAUCAGGAGGGCAUCUAUUUCAGAUGCCAACACUGUUCCGCUCCCUCCUUCGGGUAGGGUUGCAGAGCCUGUGUUCGACCCUGAGAUGGCGGCCAUGCCCCCUCAGGUGGCGGCGUUUGGAUUGGUGUGGACUCAACCUCCCCCACCCGAACCAUCCCGCCUCGAUGACUGGUACUUUAGAGCUGCUCAGGCAUCUCAACCCUCACCUCCCGUUCAAUUCUUCCCCAAGGUGCAUGAUGAGCUGACUCAGUUGUGGAAAACCCUGUUUGCCUCUCGCAACUGGCCUUUUCAGCCAUUACCCCUCACCACUCUCAACAGCUAAGGGUUACGCUGGGAUCCCAACAGUGGGGGGCCCGGUUGCGAUGCAACUGUGUCCAGCCGGUGCCGCUGCCUCUUGGAGGGACCAACCCUUUCCUUACGGGUCUGCAAGCAGUUGUCCGGUCUAGACUUGUGGGGAGGCAGACUCUUCCCAGUAUGUUAGGCUAAGGCUCUAAGGGAUCUGCACAAGGGUGGUCACGAUUCGGCUGUCUUCUUGGAGCUCCGUGCGGCCAUCUCUGGCUGUGCCUGGCAGACAUGAAGGAGGUCGUCAAAAACCAGCUCCUGCCCACUACCCGAGGUGGAAAAUGAAAGUCCAAGCGGCCCUGAGAUGGGCGACCUAGAGAUGGAAGGGAUCGCCCUUUGGGAGAUGGUGAAGGCACCACUUCCCCGGGAGGAGGGCUGGGUGGGGAAUCCUUGGUUACAGUUAAUUUCUGGUAUCCACAAAACUACAAAAAGAGUGAAUUCCCCUUUCUUCUUCAGGUCUCCAGAGGAACCCAGGAGCUACAACCUGUCUUAAAACUGCCAUCCUCCCCUUCCUCUAUCGCCAGCGGGUGUGUCAAGCAGCUUGGGUACCCUGCAUCAGAGUUCCACCUGCCCAUUCAUCCAUCAGUGGAGCCAGGUGAGUGCUGCACAACACCUCUAUUUGUGUAGCGUUGAAACAGGUCUCCAGGGAUGUUGUUGUAUGCACAGAUGCCUCUGCCACGUGGUGGGGGGCCACACACAACGGGCUUGCAGUCUCAGGGGUAUCAACUACCUCGAGUUGUGGGAUGUAUAUCUUGCUCUUGGUCAUCUCGUCAAUGGGCUUCCAGGGAAGGAUGUAUUAGUUUGCUUUGGAGUCAGAAGAACCUGAAGUCCCUUUGUGCUGUUUACAUCCCGGGAAUGCUCAAUGUAACGUCAGACACAAUCCCACGAGCGGCGUGCCCCACGAAUGGCGACUCCACCCUCAGUCGGUCCAGCUGAUUUGGAAGCGUUUCAGCAGGGCACAGAUCAAUCUGCUUGCCUCCCCAGAGACAACCUAUUGUCACCUGUUUUAUUCACUAACUGAUGGUUCACUCACAGUGGAUGUUCCCAGAACUCCUUGUGAUAGCCCCCUGGUGGAUUCCCUUGUGGAAGGACCCUUUUUCUCAAGGAGGGGGCACAAUAUGGCACCCGCAUCCCAACCUGUAGAACCUCAAUAUGUGGUCUAUGGAUGGGACCCGGAGGUUCUAAGCAAUUUACCGCAAGAGGUAUCUAACACUGUUGCGUCUCUGUCAAGUUAAUUUGACCACUCAGAGACUUCGAUGUAGGGAACCUAUUGGUUGUUUCCUAUUAUAUAUGCAACUCAGUACAACCUCCUUGGAGGGUGGCUUCCGCGGCAUUUGCUAGUUCCGCCCAGAUGGGUUCACUUCCCAGUUUGCCUAAUUCACUACCGUGGGUUAAGGAAGGGAACGUCUCGGUUAUGUAUGUGACCCUCGUCACGUCCCGUCACCAUGGUUCUGCUGUGCCAUUGCUGAUUCCGGCCAGGCACAGGUUGAUCGGCUUUCUCAGCAAAUAAAGCUGAUUUGGUUUUGCACCUGCUGCUCGUUUUAUACUCGAGUGGCUGGGCUGCACCAGCAGAUGCAAAUACCUGCAUGCCAAGUUAAUUGCUGCUUUAGUAGGUCCCAUGAAGCACUUUCCCAAUACGUCAGUCACGACGUGACAUCUCCAUUCUCUUCCUUCAGGGAAUGAGGGUUACAUACGUAAUCGAGUCAUUUUUUUUGCGCAUGCAAUGCAGUUCAAGACCAAGACCAGUUCACACAGGUGUCUGAUUUUAGCCACAUAAUGUGAACAGUCAAACAAAAAAAUCGGAUCUGAGCAAAGAAUCAGAAUUGAGCACUUAUGUUUGCAGUCUGGACAUAGUCAUCUAAGUCUGGAUGCUUGAUAUACAGUAAUUUAUGUAGAAACAAAUAUAUUUGUCCAGAAUAUUGAAUUACUGCUCAAUUCAAAACUUGUUGCUAAAAUGUCCAGAGUAAUUUUUUGCUGAUUCUACACAAUGUGCUACUUUAAAGAUGCUUAAAUAUAGUUUUGAUUUAUUGUAGAUAAAUUAUAGUUUUUUUAUUCACAACACAAUUCCCAUACACUGUAAAAAUGCAAUGAUCAGUAAGUCAUAGUUAUGUUUUUAUGUUUAACUUAAGAAAUUAAGUUGAACAGUUUCUACUUGCAGCUUUUUUACAGUGUUAGUGUCAUUCCAUAUAGUUUUAAUAGGUUUACUAUUAUUCUAAAAUGUCUGAAAAACAUUAGUAAAAAAUGAGUAACUGAUUCAAAACUUUUAAACGUCUAUAUCACCAAAUAGCACAGUGUCUCAUUAAACGAAUGUAAGCUAUUUGCCUGUCUGGAACAGGAAAACAUACACAGUGCCUCAUUUAUAGUCCAGUGCACACAUUAGAAAUUCAUUGACAAGGAUCUCUAAUUAAUUACAGCUCAGAGUUCAGAGCGACAACACAAACUAAUAGCUUCUCUGCCGCUACGCUUAUGUAUCAUAUCCUCUCCCGCUUCAGGUUUUGGAAUGUCGCCUAAUGUUAUUUAAAACUGCCUUAGCAAAAUUCCUUUUAAAGAAAUGUAAAUGUUGUGUUUAUCUGUGAAAGC